AUGGCUUUGCAGCCCUUCGGGGAUCAGACGCCGGGCUGCGAGCCCUACUGGUACCAAGGCUACCACUCCGCCUACUACGGGCCCUCCCACGUGGCCUUCCGCAAGAAGUGCCGGGACUUUGUGGAGGAGGAGGUGCGGCCCUACUUGGAGGGGUGGAUCUCGGGCGGGGUGAGCUACCCGCUGGAGCUUCACGGGAAGGCCCUGGCGCGAGGCCUGCCGACUGCUGGCCUGCAAAAGGACGUGCAGCGCAGAUAUCCCGCGGAGGUGUUGCCGGAGGGCGGCCUCGACGCGCUCCACGAGCUCAUCUACCUCGACGAGCUGGCGGCGGUGGGGCCGGGAGGCGCGCUGGGGCAGUGUGGCAUCAACUCCAUGGCGCUGCCGCCGGUGCUCUUCGCCGGGACUGCGGAGGUGCAGCGCCAGGUGGUGGAUGAGGUGAUCUCCGGACGCAAGAACAUCAGCCUGGCCAUCUCAGAGCCCACGGCGGGCUCCGACGUGGCGAACAUCGGCACCUCCGCGGCGCGGGAGGGCGACGUCUACGUGGUGAACGGGCAGAAGAAGUGGAUCACCGGGGGCCACAUGGCCGACUUCUUCACCCUGGCGGUGCGCACGGGUGCCCGGGGCGCCUCGGGGGUGUCGCUGCUGCUGGUGGACGCCAAGCUGCCCGGGGUGCACGUGAGGAAGAUGCCGAUGCAGUUCGACACCUGCCACGGGACCACCUUCCUGACCUUGGAUGACGUCAAGGUGCCGGCUCAGAACCUCAUCGGCCAAGAAGGCCAGGGCUUCAUGUAUUUGCUCCACAACUUCAACCACGAGCGCUUCGUGAUCUCCGCGUCCACCUGCCGCUUCGCGCGGCUCUGCUACUCCGAGUCCCUGAAGUACUCGCUGAGAAGGAAGACCUUCGGCAAGGCCUUGCACGAACACCAGAUGAUCCGCUGGAAGCUUUCGGAGAUGCUGCGGCAGGUGGAGGCGCUUCAUGACUUCAACGAGCGGGUGGCCUACCAGUACAAGUGCGGGGUGCCGGACGCCAAGUUGGGGGCCCAGUGCGGCCUGCUGAAGGUCAUGGCCUCCAAGACCUUCGAGUUUUGCGCCCGCGAGGCCGCGCAGGUCUUUGGCGGCUCUGCGCUGGUGCGCGAGGGCCCGGGGAAGAUGGUGGAGCGCCUUUAUCGGGAGGUCCGGGCUUCCGCCAUCCCCGGGGGGUCAGAGGAGGUGCUGCUGGACUUGGCGGCGCGCCAGGCGGUGGGCGGCGCGCUGGCGCAGCUGGCGCAGGCGAAGAGCAAGCUGUGA